CAUAGCGACCAUUCACAUCCGGAAGGUGGCGGUAUAGUCUGCAUCCGCCAUUAAACGACAAAGAACAAGAAGAAGAACAACAAGAAGGAGAAGGAGAAGGAGCAGGAGAAGAAGAGCUUGGCACAUGCACGGACGCGUCGAUGUUUCCGAACCCAUCACUAAUAUAGAUUCACAGAAAAUAUAGCAACGAGUACCUCAGGAAUUUGUUUUUGUAAAGCCCACGAAACGGAAGUUGAGUUUGUAGCAUUGUAGUGCUAUCUGAAGAGAAGACUGAAGACGUGAUAGCAGAUGGAUCACAGCUACGCUAAGAUGGCGACGUCCUGUCAAAGAGAAGGCGGAAGAGAAUCAGCGCCACCAACUCCCAGCAAAUCAUCAACGGAGAAAAAGCCCCAAACUGCAGAUAACGACAUCCAGAAACUGAUUGCUCGUCAAGAAGAAUGUCCUACUUUGAAGCAAGAAGAUGCCCAGGCCCCCCACGUUAAAGAGGAAGAGGAGGAACUCUGGACCACUCAGGUCGUGGGACAGCAUCUUCAAGGGCCGGAAGAGGCUGAUCUCACCAAGUUGCCACUGAAUGGUGUCUCUGUGAAGACAGAAGACCAUGAAGACAAACCACCUGAGUCCUCAUGUUGGUCGUGUCCUUCAGAUGUUCAGCAGCUGAUAGGUCAUCAAGAAGAACAUCCCACUCAACUGCAGCGGGAGAGCUCCACUUUGAAGCGAGAAGAUCCACAGCUCCCCCACAUUAAAGAGGAAAAAGAGGAACUCUGGAUCACUCAGGAGAGAGAGUGUCUUCUAAGACCAAAGGAGGCUGAGUUCACUAAGUUGCCACUGACUGUUGUCUCUGUGAAGACUGAAGAUCAUGAAGACAAACCACCUGAGUCCUCACAGCUUCAUCACAGUCCAAGUGAGGAAAACAGAGGGGCAGAGCCUCCAAGCAGCAGCUCACCACAACACAUGACAACAGAAGCUGGUGGAGACCACUGUGGAGGAUCACAAGCAGACAAUGUCUUAGCGCCACUUUCAGAUAGUGAUGACACAACGUCAGACUCUCCUGAGGAUGAAGGCAGGGAAGACAGUAGUGACACAGACUGGGAAGUUGAUAUGAGGACUCACACUGACAACAAACACUCUAAAUGCUCCAAAAGGAAGACGGGUAAAAGAAAUGUCACCUGCUCAGUUUGUGAUAAGAGUUUUGUAUGUAAGAGUGAACUGACCAAACACAUGAGAAGGCACACGGGAGAAAAACCUUUUGGUUGCUCAAGUUGUGCAAAAAGUUUUUUUUCUAAGAGCGAUUUGACUCGACACAUGGUAACGCACACAGGAGAAAAACCUUUUGGUUGCUCAGUUUGCGCAAAAACCUUUUCUCGGAAGAGCAGUCUGACUCAACACAUGCUGACACACACAGGAGAAAAACCCUUUUGUUGCUCGGUUUGCGGGAAAAGCUUUCUUUUUCAGAGAGAUGUGACUCAACACAUGAGAACGCACACAGGAGAAAAACCUUAUAGUUGCUCAGUCUGUGGUAAACUAUUGUCUCAAAGGUCAAGUGUGGUAUCACACAUGAGAACCCACACAGGAGAAAAACCCUUCUGUUGCUCAGUUUGUGCGCACAGAUUCUCUCAAAAGGCAAAUUUGGUAUCACACAUGAGAAUGCACACAGGACAAAAACCUUUUUUGUGCUCAGUUUGUGGUAAAAGUUAUUAUUCCCAAUCCAGUUUUACUUACCACAUGCUGAAACACACAGGGGAAAAAGUCUUUAGUUGUCCUGUAUGUGGUAAAAGGUUCCUUCAGAAAGACGCGUUGCCAAGACACAUGAGAACGCACACGGGAGAAAAACCAUUUAGUUGCUCAGUUUGUGGCAAACAAUUUGUCAACAAAUCCAGUAUUAUGUCACACAUGAAAACACACAACGGAGAAAAACCCAUUUGAGGCUCAGUUUAUAGUAAAAGUUAUUCACAUAAGAAAGGUUUGACAGUUCACAUGCACACACAUAAAGGAGCAUAAACAUUUUCCCAUCCAAUUUGUGCUAAAAGAUUGUCAGGUUAUAGAAGUGUAAUGUCACACGUGAGAAGCCAUGUCGGACGUGAUGAGCUGCUGAGUGUAUGAUACCAGAGUCCCUCAUGAGUUAGGGGGGUAUACGGUGAAAGUGGCUCCAAAAACCCAGGCUAUGUGCUCAAGAUGCAACUCGACAAAACCUAACAUCUGCAAUCAGACUUAAUUUAUCCUGCGACGGUGAUUAUCAACUUACUUUGUCAAGUUCGGUUUUCGGCUUUGUGUAAGUGUGCGUUCACAUGAAAGGCCUUUGACAUUUUAACACUUACCCAUUUAAAAAAAAAAAUCUAAAGUACGUCUUUUUGUUGUGUCUAGAUGUGACGAUGGCGGUUGUUGGCCUAAUUAAUAUUUCACAUUACAUUUUAUUACCGGUGCUUGUGUGAGCAUAUACAGCGUAUUCCCUCAUCUGAAAAUCUAUCUCGCUUGUAGAUCAAUAAUACAAUCAGGGAAUGCUCUUCUUUUUUUUCUUCUUCUCCAUUUUGUCUCGGGAACCUCGUAGGUUCUCAAUAAAUGGUGACGCCAUCUCCAAAUAAGGUAGUUUAACAGUGGCACUUUCAAAGCCGAUUUUAACAUGAAAGCCUGGGCAUAACCUGAGUUAUAACCUGAGCUAUGAGUUUAUCCUAAGUUAACAUGGUGCUUUAAACAGCUGCUUUAAAAGAGUGCUACCUUCGCUGACUGACUUUCAAGCAAAUAUAACAUUAUAGAGACAAUGGCUGUUGUGUGCAUUUUUGGGACCAAGAGGUUAUUAUUAUUUGUAUUAUAUAUUUUUUGUAGAUAUUUGUACUGUGAUUUCCUGCUGUAACCUUAUAAAAUAUACUUUAUAAAAACUUCAGGGAAAGUGUAGUAGAUGUAGUUGGGGGUUCUGUUGUGUAAGGGAACAGAUACAGUAUGUAAUCCAUGUAGGCAUGGACCUGUAUGACAUUCUCACGGAAUGAUAACCUUGGGCAAAAAUAUCACGGUUUCGGAAAAAAGUUAAGUCAAAACAGUCAUUUUUAAACUAUUAUAAUAGAACAUGAUGAAAGUGGAACAUGCAUUUAAAAUAACAAACAUUUUACUGUAUUUUUUCUAAAUAAAUAAAACUGUUCUCAAUGCAGUCUACUGUGGUUAAUCCUGCAAUUCAAGUGACAAUUUCUACAAUUUCCCUUGGAGAUGAAUAAAAUAUCUUAUCUAUCUACAACAGUGGUCACCAACCU